UAAAGAGUAGAUGAGUUACAUAAAAAAAUAAAAAUAAAAAGAGGGAAAGAGAUUGAUUCAAUGGCCGAGAAAGAAGAGGGUGUGAAGCUUAUAGGGUCUUGGGCAAGCCCAUUCAGUCGUAGAGUUGAGAUGGCUCUCAAACUCAAAGGCGUGCCAUACGAUUACUUGGACGAAGAUUAUUUGGUCGUCAAGAGCCCGUUGCUACUUCAACUCAACCCGGUUUACAAAAAAGUCCCUGUUUUGGUCCACAAUGGUAAAAUAUUACCCGAGUCACAACUGAUCCUUGAAUACAUCGACCAAACAUGGACGAACAAUCCAAUUCUUCCUCAAGAUCCUUACGAGAAAGCCAUGGCUCGAUUUUGGGCCAAAUUCGUCGAUGAACAAGUCACAUUGAUAGGGCUCAGGUCUCUGGUGAAAUCAGAGAAGAGAAUUGACGUUGCAAUCGAGGAAGUUCGAGAACUUAUUAUGUUGCUUGAGAAUCAAAUCACGGAAAAAAAAUUCUUCGGCGGAGAGACGAUAGGAUUCUUGGACAUGGUUGUGGGAAGUAUGAUCCCGUUUUGUCUAGCUCGGGGUUGGGAAGGUAUGGGAAUUGAUAUGAUUCCAGAGGAAAAGUUUCCAGAACUAAACAGAUGGAUCAAGAAUUUGAAAGAAAUUGAGAUCGUAAAAGAAUGUAUUCCUGAUAGAGAGAAACAUAUUGAGCACAUGAUGAAAAUUGUAGGACGAAUCAAAGCGGCCUAAAAGACAACAUGAUACUCUUUGAUCCAGUGAUGUUAAGUUGUUAACUACAUUUGUAUUGUCUUGUUAUUUAAAAGUUUUAUGAACAAUCUACUAAAUAAAGAUGAGUGAUACAUGUAUCCGCAGUGGUAGUAUAAUUUAGUUUGGAGUA